AUGUCUCGUCGUCAUGAGCGUGAUUACCCACGCCUGAGCCAGCGCGAUCUCGGCGGCCAAUGGCGGAGGCGGCUGGCAGACGACGUUGCUCCAAGAUCCACUGACGGGGGUCACGAUCACAAACGACGAAGAAGAUCGCGUCUGAGGGAUCACAACACCGACGACGAAUUGACUCCCGUGCGCAGCAAGGUCGUUGUUCCUGCUACGCGUAGACACCAGCAGGACCAGCAUCUUGCUCUGAUGCAGCAGCAGCUUGCUGCCUAUACCCAACUCUACACUCAGUACUACUACGCGUACAACAGGACUCUACCUGAGCGGCCUGAUAAGAAGCGCAGAACCACGAACGAGGGGAGUCUUGGUGACAGCAGCAACAAGUUUCCUGGGUGUUCAUCCAAGGGCCUUGGCGACAGGAUGCACUCUAAGAAAACAAACCAACUCAAACCGCCCUCGGCCGUCUCGGCCGACAAGCACAACGAACGUGCAAAGGCCUCCUCCCCUGAAGAGGGUGAAGCAAUCGAUUCCGAUGAGGACGAAGAUGACGACGACGACGACGGCGAGGAGGAAGACGGGAUGUCGGAAGUGUCUGCGGCAGGUGACAGGUCUGGCGAAGACAGUCGGGUUAUACUGAGGCAGUCUGCACUACUACCCACCCCGUCACAUCUGCCACCUCCACUGGGGAACUGUAUCGUACCACCACCCCACCAAACCCCUUCCGCCGCUGUGGCCGCGGAUCUCGUGUUACGGCAGUUGCACGACUACCUGACCAGGUUCGGGCGUCCACCCUCGGCUGCCUCGAAAACCUCCGGUCGUCGUCUACGUAGUCCAAGACGUGACGCAUCGUCAACCGCCAGUCGACGCCAUCGGAGGACGGGCUCGUCUGUCGAAAAGAGAUUUAGUUCUGCUUCAGGUGGCUUCGUGCGCGGCAGCCUCGUAGGGUACGGCGCCUACGUAACACAGGCCCCGGAUAGACUGACCUUGAAGGCAACCAAUCCAUAUUCAGGGAUGAUGUUCACCCUGCUGCGGCCAUGUCUGCUACCUAUCACGCAUGAGGUUCGCGAUAAGAAAAAGUCACACAAGCGCCGUUCCCGGACACCAUCAUCGCCCUCCUCAUCCUCCCCUUCGAUCCACAGACGUGGUAAGAGGCCUUCCUGUCCCAAUCCUAACCCCCCCGCCACCUACGAGACGAUCAGCAGCAGCAGUAGUGGUGGCUCCGACAGCAGCGCUGAUGCGGCCUCAUCCUCGAGCAGAAUGCGGCGUCGGUCUCGUCUACGCAAACGCUCACCGUCGUCCACAAGACGCCAUCCACGGCGUCCGCCCCCAGGCGACAAGCGGCAACUCCCCGUGUUGUCAACCUCACGCACCAGACGAGCCAAUCACGCGCCGAGGAGUCCUUCGGCUCGUUCGCCCUCCACAACACCUCCGCAUCGCGCCACUUCUGACUCCUCGGGGUCUGGGUGCGGCGAAAGGCAGCGUGCUUCAAACACCUCCCCGGAUACGUCGCAACAGCGAAGGCUUCCAGCGGCCUACGCGAGGACAAAUCAUCGUCCCAGACUCUCCUCCUCCUCCUCACCCGCUUCUUCGUCGCCGUCGCAGUCGGGGAGGGUUAGAAAGCGCCUCCAGAAGCGACCACGAGGGAUCGCUGCUCAGUCGAUACAGGGCUCUACCCUUGCCUCCUCUCGGUCUGCCGCCUCCGCGUCUAUCGACUCUGACUGCCCUUCACCCCCUCCAAGCCGUCGUGGCCACAGCCGGAGACAGAGCCACCACAAACCGCUGUUGUUCAUCGUCCGUCCGUGGUCGCGAAUCGCGCUCCUACGAUGCGUCAUCGCUGCUGCCUGUCUGUCGCGUUGCGUGGGCAUUGACUUCCCGUCACGUCGUAUCGCGAGGAGGUCUCCGUGUCUCGUAGACGUCGGGAAUCCACCGGUUUCGGCCGCAGACAACUGCCUGACUCCACCACCGGCAACCAUCGUUCUCGCAUGGCGUCGUCGUCGUCCUGCUCCGCGUCUUCUUCCCCCACGACGAGUCGAUCGCGUCGACGUCAACACCCGUCUCUUCACUCGGUAA